AAGCAGCCAAUCAGAGAGCGACUUGUUUCGGUGUCAGACAUUUCUGUUGGGGUGUUACAGAUAUUCAGGAAAUUAUUAUUCCUCCGUUUAUUCCCCACAUUUCUUGUGUUUUUUUGCGGCGUAUCCUCGUUUUUAGACGCCUCAAGUCCUUCGACGACACACCGAUGAAGAAGAAGCUCAGCACGAUGCUGCGUCCCAAACGUGGCAGGCAGGUCAGUGCCAACAGCGAACCUGCUUCAGACUCAUCCACUGCACUGGACUCCAGUUCUCUGGCAAAUUCUGAAACUGUCCAAGAAUCAGCCUCACAAAUGAGACACUUGACGAUGUCGCAGCAAAGCCACAACCUCCUGAAGUUCUUGAAUGAGGACCGGACUCGACAGAAGUUCUGCGACGUGUCAGUGUCUGUAGGUGGGAAGAUCUACAGCGCCCACAAGGUGGUGUUGGCCCAUGGGAGCAGCUACUUCCAUGCGGAGCUGUCCAAGAACCCCGCUGCAACAACACACGUGACUCUAGACCAUGUGGAGGCCUCUGUUUUCCAGCACCUGCUUGGCUUUUUGUACACAGCAGAGUGCAUUGUUGCGGAGACUGAGCUACCAGCUCUGACUGAAGCUGCACGGUUCCUGGACAUGAUGGAUAUAUUAAAGCUGUUAUGCGAAGAAGAGCACAACCCUGUAAGUGUGAUCCAGGCUGAAACAAGAGGAUCUCCAAAGGCGGAAAUAAGCUACAGCGACUCAUCAGGAAUCGACACAGACAUCCAGAGCCUGCCUGAUGUAAAGUUUACCUCGUUCAGUCUCCGGUUUAACACGGACAACUCCCUGCAGGACGACAUAGCUGAGGUUCACAUUGACGAACAGCAGGAAGCCUCAACUGAAGAAGUGAAGACGACCGGUCAGAGGAGUGCAACAACACGGAGAUCGGCUCGCCGGAAGAGAACGCCCACCAAGUACAAGAGAGAUGAUGUGGAAUGCUCUGUCGCCACUCCUGAGGAAAAACAAAGAACUGUAUCAGCAAGGCAACAAAAUGAAGCCAGAGGAGAAGCAUCAGCAGCAGCAGAGAUGGUGAUGAAAACCCAGAUAACUACACUGGAUGAGACAUCUAAACCAACUCAGGGCGACGACAUGAUGGAAGAGGAGGAGGAAGAGGGAGGAGACAUAAAUGCAGACAUUGUUGCUCAGAAGAAAGUUACAGAGGUUUGUGGACCAGACAGAAGUGUAAGCCAGCAGGGUUCAGAAGCAGAAAGGACAGAACAACAGUCUGUUCAGAUGGAAGUACAUGUUACAGCAGCAGCAGGAAGCUCCAACCAGAGUCCUGUUUAUCCUGAAGGUCUGGCUCCAGUCAUCAUCCAAACCUCCAGCAAGAAGACUCUCAAGUGUCCCAAAUGUGACAAGACCUUUGACCGUGCAGGCAAAUAUGAGAGUCACACUCGAGUGCACACAGGAGAGAAACCGUUCCAGUGUGACAUCUGUCUUCAGCGUUACUCCACCAAGUCCAACCUGACGGUACACAAGAAGAAGCAUGCCAGCGACGCUCCGUUCCAGAAGAAAGAGCACAAAUGUCCGUUCUGCAACAAACUCCAUGCCAGCAAGAAAACUCUGGCUAAACAUGUUAGGAGGUUUCAUCCAGACCACAUCCAAGAGUUUCUCUCCAAGAGGAAGAGGAAGAGCGAGGGCUGGAAGUGUGCUAUUUGUUUGAAGACCUUCACACGCAGACCUCACCUGCAGGAGCACAUGAUCCUUCACACGCAAGACCGGCCUUUUAAAUGCUCCUUCUGUGACGAAUACUUCAAAUCCAGGUUUGCAAGGCUGAAGCACCAAGAGAAGUACCACUUAGGCCCAUUUCCCUGUGAGAUCUGUGGCCGUCAGUUUAAUGACACAGGCAACAGAAAGAGGCACAUUGAGUGCACACAUGGAGGCAAAAGAAAAUGGACCUGCUUCGUUUGUGGGAAAUCAGUGAGGGAGAGGACAACACUGAUGGAGCACUUGAGGAUUCACAGCGGGGAGAAACCUCACCUCUGUAGUAUCUGCGGCCAAAGUUUCCGUCACGGAAGCUCCUACAGGCUCCACCUUCGCGUUCAUCAUGAUGACAAGCGUUACGAGUGUGACGAGUGUGGGAAAACCUUCAUACGCCACGAUCACCUGACCAAACAUCAGAAAAUACACUCUGGUGAAAAAGCACACCAGUGUGAAGAAUGUGGCAAGUGCUUCAGGCGGCACGAUCAUCUGACAGUCCACUACAAAAGUGUUCAUUUGGGAGAGAAAGUUUGGCAGAAGUAUAAAACUGCUGUACAUCAGUGUGAAGUUUGCAAGAAAGAGUUUAAAGGAAAGUCCAGUCUAGAAAUGCACUUCAGGACACACUCAGGUGAGAAACCUCAUCGAUGUCCCGAGUGCCAUCAAACAUUUCGGAUCAAGAAGACGCUAACAAAACACAUGGUGAUCCACUCAGACGCUCGUCCUUUCAACUGUCCCCACUGCAGCGCCACCUUUAAGAGAAAAGACAAGCUCAAGUACCAUGUGGACCACGUGCACAGCGCCCGGUUCACUGAGCAGCCUCUCAGCACGCUCGGCGAGGACAAAAUAGUCUCCAUUCCCUUCGAGGAAACCUCCAAGGCGUACCACACCGAGCCUAAAUCGACCCUCCAGAGCCCCCCCACCUCCACAGAUGCCUGCGUCCCCGUCUCUUUAGUUCCCGUCCAGAUGGCCGGAGGAGGGCAGGGCGACUUGAACGCUCACAGAGCCUCGUCUCUUUCCUCCCAGACUCACAGCCACGUCAGCAUGCAGGCUCAAGGACAGCAGCAGAACUCUGGCUACCAGGCGGCUACAGACCUGGCCUUCUUAGAGAAGUACACCCUCACCCCUCAGCCUGCCAACAUCGUCCACCCCGUGAGGCCCGAUCAGAUGCUGGACCCUCGAGAGCAGUCGUACCUGGGCACUCUGCUGGGCCUGGAUUCAGCUUCUUCUGUGCAGAACAUCUCCAACUCUGAUCACACUCACUGACACUCCUCAGCCAAAAACCAGGACUUUAAGGCACAGUCCAACAAACAAUGGAGAAAUGUAAUGGGACUGACAGACACUACAGUAUUGAUCUGUACAGCAGAUUCUCAUUUUAAAUGGUAAUGGUAAAUGGUCCGUGUUUAUAUAGCGCUUUACUAUACCUGCAAGGUACCCAAAGCGCUUUACAAGAUACAUCACAUUCACCCAUUCACACACACAUUCACACACUGAGACUUUUUUAUCACUCCAUGUAAAAUAAUUGGAAUUAAAACACAAAAAAACUGAAGUGCUGUUAUUAAAUAACCAGACUGGGACUAUUUCAUUCUAACCACAGUCUGCAUGCCUAACCCACACGGUACACAUUCACCAAUAGGGGAGCACAAACAACCCCUGAAAAUUUCACUGCAACUUGAAACUAAUACGGUUGAAUAAAAUGAAAUCAAUACAAUUGAAUUGCAACAUUUUUUCACUUAGCACAUAUCUGCACUCAAUUUAUUUGGCACUUGAAAUGUGGCACCUAUUUGAUGUUCAUCCAUCUCACAGUAAGCUCACAUGUAUUUGUCACUAAUAUGAAUGAAUUUGGGAAGAAGAACACCAUGGAUUUAACUGAAGCAAGUGUCUUUGUAUUAGAUGAUAACACAAAAAAUCAGGCCAAGUUCAACGAUGUUUUUUCUUCAGGUCCCUGUUGUACACAUCAAUGCGAGUCUUAGUGGGAUUUUGGUGUCACUAAAUGUUUCCCGUUUUGUGUUGUUUUGUAUUAGCACCGAUGCAAUUGCCUUUUUAGUUGAUUAGCAUAAAAGUAAUAGACAAUUUUGAAAAAUCAGCUAUGUUUUUCAGUAAAGUAUUUCCUCCUUGUGAUUCUAACUUCUGACUAAUUAAUUUUGGUUUAUCAGAUAAAUAUCUUUCAGUUAUUUGAUUAAAAAUAGAGUCACUAAUGGCAGCCUUGUAAUAUUGACUGGAAUACACUUCAACUGUGGCCUUAACUCAAACUGUAAUUUAUGUGCAGCCUGUACAACCUGUUACACAAAAGCUUUGGGUUUGCUCUGUAAUGCAAAGUUAACAUUUAGGAAAGGAGUUUCUUUUUACUCAUGCAGCGUACAUAUGAGCACAACGACUAUUUGAAGCUAUGUAUGUGUGCGAGAACUUUCCAAGAAAAAUGUUAAAUCAAAUAAAAUGUGCAGAACGAGCAUUUUCUCUGCUCGGGAAUAUUUCUGUCCUGAAGAUUCUUCCCAUUCUGAACCAGUGGUGUGUGGUGAUCAAUAAAACUUUAACUGAAAACA